GAGCUGGUGGUGAUUUGGAAUCUUCCAAUUCGGACCCUGUGCGACGCUCGGCCAAAAGCAAUGGGCGGUUGCGCCGAGAUUAGCGCCCGAUGCCUCUCUGCUCGUAUGUCCUACACUGCAAAUGCACCUAAGCCAUCACGCCGCAUCUGCAGAACCACCCAUCGCCUAUCCACCUUAAUAUGACACCCUGCCUUGCGCCAUCCGCGCCAUAAGGUAGUUAGCACCCAUCUUUCCUUCCGUACUCGCUGGAUGCGCCUAUCGAAUUUGAACUAGCAUCAAUCACACCCCCCGCAAUGCCGGUCUACCUCCUCUACGGCUUCCGAUGGCCUCGCGCCGGCUUCACGGGCAUCCGAGUCUACAUCGUCCUGCACAACCUGGAGGACGCGACAGCCGAAUACCUACAACAACCUCUAACGACGGAGCUUCUGCUCAACUCGUUCAAAAAGACUGAACCGGGCAUCGUCUCGCGGCUGCCGGACAUGCGCUUCAUCGAGCAAUACGACCCCGAAGAUACCAGCGAGGAGGCGGUUAGCAAGACGCAUGCGUACGUCGCGGGGAAGGUGAUUACGAUGCCGGAGGUCGGAAGCCCCGGGGCCUGUCUGAGCUUUGAUGCUGAGGAGCUGGUGAAGAGCUCUGGCCUGGAUCAGGAUGGCAUGGAGGCGUUGACGGAGAUGCGGGAUAAGUAUGCGGCCGGGGAGAAGAUCGGUUGGUAUAUUGUGUACAAUGGGGAUCCCGAUCGGUAUUUCCCGCCGGAUGAGGAGGACGAGGAUGAUUAUAGUUUGGAGGAGGAGGAUGAGGAGGAUGAGCAGGUGAAUGGCAGUGAGUAUGGCAAUGGAACGGCGUCCCGACCGCCGUCGACUCCGACGUCGCUCCUGACUCGAUUCUUCACCAAAAAAGCGGCCUGAGAUGGCAUAUGAUUUACGGUUGACAAUGUGAUGGUUUACUUUCGGUGCUUGCAGGAGUAUUAGUCUUAUGGAUGAGCAAUUUAUGGCGUCUUGGUUUAACAUGUCAUUCGUCUAACUUUUUUAUUUGAGAAUGGU